AUGUUCGGCGCAAUAAUAGCAGGUCGAUUAGUUCAGACAAACUUGCAGCAGAUCGACGAAACGCAUUUUGUCUUCCCCUUGGAACAGCCAUACGAAAUAAACCACUUGACCGUAUUCUUACUAGGUACAAUACCAUUCCCCGAAGGAUAUGGUGCUUCUGUACAUUUUGCAUGGCCGGGUAAGGACUAUAUACCCUUAGGAGUCCUAACCAACACCAAACCAUCGGCAAUAUACAGAUUGCGGCCUCACCUCCCUCCCAACGCACCUCUCAAUCAACCUUCUCCACCCGCUCAGCUGGGUAUAGAGAUUGCUCCGUUGGCUCAGCUGGAACACAUAGCUGCGCAGAUAGCGAAUGAAGGAGCAGGCGCGGGAAAAGUUGGAGAACUGGUUAAAAAGGUGGAAGUUGGGAAAGUAGCUGAGAAAGUGGUAAAAAAUCUAUUCAAUUACCUCCAUUCCUUCGGUGGUGAAAUCAAAUUAACCCCAGAGACACCCAUACCACUAUCAGUCUUCCAACAAUGGUAUACCAAUUUCACCCGAAAGAUAGAGAACGAUAAAGGAGCUGCUUUUUUGGACAGGGAGGAUUAA